AUGAAGAUAAGUACACUUAUAGCAUUGGCUUCCAUAACUUUGGGAACCGCCAAUGCCCUCCAACUCCCCCAUAUCGCUCAAGAAACCCCAGCCCCUGAGCCCCGUCUCAUGAAAAGAAUGAGAGAUGUAAUCAUCAAUAAAGAAUAUGCCAAACAACAAGAACUCAAAAAAGCCAAAGAAUUAGGUCUAACCUCCUCCAACAACAUUCCACCCAAAUGGGUCAGAACAGUAGGUGAUAUUGUCGAAAUCGUCCAACCAACCGUGAUUGAAGGGGUUACAUUCAGUGCCAAACCACCGGCAACUACUAAUGGAUUAGAACCUUGGGUGACAUUAAAAGACGAUGGAUCUCCCAAGACGAUUAAACCCCAGGUUAAGAAUGGAAUCACCAAGAAUGCUUGGCCGACAUAUGGGACCUGGUAUCAGACUGCUACUACGAAGGUAUGGACCAAGGAGGAAUUAAGAGCGCAUAAUAUGGCUGAUGAUGAGGUGUUUGAGGAGGUGAUAUAUGUUGAAGAAGGGGAUUUGCAUGAUCAUAAUUUAAGUCCAUUGAUUAGGUGUGUGCCUGAUAGAUAUAAGAAGAAGGGGAUUGGGAGGGAUUUGACAACUGAACCAUUUUGUACUCCUAAAGAUAAUGCUCAAUGGAGGAAGGAUAAGACAUAUUUUAUCACUUGGUAUUCGAGAUAUUUUGGAGACGGUGUUAAGAAUGUUAGAUUUCAUUUAUCUCAUAUUAAAGAGAGUGCAAGAUAUAAAGGAUUGAAAAAGAGGGAAGAUGAAGUGGAAGGUGAUGAAUUGGUUGAAGAAGCAGUUGUUAAAAGAGACGAUGACAAAGAGGUGUCUCUUGACAAGAGAUCAGCUGUAUUACAACAAGGUGGUAAGAUUAGUGAAUAUUCAUUUUAUAGUUCUGAUUGGACAUCAAAUGAACAAGGUUUUUUCCCAAUAUUUAUUGAUAAAUCAUGGUUUGGUAAAGAAUAUGUUAGAAAAGUAUUAUUAUCAAUUCAACCAGAUGAUAUAAGUGAUGAAGAUUUUGAUCAUUAUAAGGAUUCAAUUGUUGUUGAAAUUUCGCAAGGUUCAAAAGUAAGUAAAGGACAUUUAGAAGAUUUAAAGAAAUUAGAAGAAAAAUAUGCCAAUAGACAUUUAGGUGAAUCAAUUGAAGUUGAAGAAGGUAUUGAUUAUGAGAAAUAUAUUUUAAUGAUGACAAUGCCAACAUGUGUUAUAUUAGCAGCAUUUGGUAUGUAUAUAUUUGUUACUAUAAACAAGGUUGAUUUAAGUGGUUUAAAAAAAAGAAAAUUUGCAAGAGAAAGAACAACUCAUAGAAGAAUACCAUUUAAAAGAAAGAAUGAUAAUCCUUAUAGUCCAUUACCACAAUAUAAUUCAGAAUUAAAUACCCUUAAACAUGAUUAG